AUGAUUGCUCGUGUUAAUAACGUUACAAUAUUGAUAAUCCUAAACUUUAUAACAUUAGUUCAUGGUGCAUCAAAAGUACCUUGCUAUUUCAUUUUUGGUGAUUCAUUACUUGAUAAUGGGAAUAAUAACAACCUAAAUACAGAAGCAAAGGCUAAUUAUCCACCUUAUGGCAUCGAUUUCCCCAAUGGACCUACUGGACGAUUCACAAAUGGACGCAAUAUGGCUGAUAUUCUUGGUCAACUGCUAGGGUUUGAUGACUACAUUCCACCUUUUGCAAGCGCAACUGGUAGGGAGAUCUUGCAAGGUGUAAAUUAUGCCUCUGGUUCGGCAGGAAUUCGUAACGAGACGGGAAGUCAUCUCGGCAAUCGAAUAUUUUUGGAUUUGCAACUUCAAAACCAUCACAACACAAUUUUACGAAUGGUUGAUUUAGUGGGAAAUAGAGUUGCAACCAAUGCACACUUGAACACAUGUUUGUACAUUGUUGGAAUAGGCAGCAAUGACUACAUCAACAACUACCUUGUGCCCAAACAUUACUCAACAAAUAGUAUGUACACACCAAGUCAAUAUGCAACAUUAUUGGUACAACAAUAUGCUCAACAACUAAAGACUUUAUAUGAAGAUGGAGCAAGGAAAAUAGCCCUAUUUGGAUUGCCCCAAAUAGGUUGCAUUCCACAAGAGUUACAAAAACACAAUACAAGAAAGUGUGUGGAUUCAACAAAUGAGGCAAUUCAACUAUUCAAUGAGAAACUCAAGUCUCUUGUAACUGAUCUGAAUACCAACUUCCCACAAGCAAAAUUCACCUAUAUAAACAUGUAUAGCAUUUCAUCAAUUAUGAGUACUCUUAGUUUCUUGAAUUAUCCAUGCUGCAAUGUUUCGACAACAACGGCUGAAGGACAAUGUGUUUCUGGACAAGCUCCAUGCCACCUUAGGGCAGCACAUGUGUUUUGGGAUAAUUUUCAUCCUACAGAGAAUGGGAAUGUAAUUGCUAUUAUGAGAGCAUACAAUAGUUUUCUACCUUCAGAUAGUUAUCCUAUGGAUAUUAGUCAUUUGAUUCAAAGUGGAUAA